AUUUAAUGUCAGACACAGUUACAUAAAAUAUUACAAGAAGAGAAAAAACAUGGGCAGAAUUAGCUGAAGAAGAAGAUGAGUAUUUGGAAGAAAUAUAAAAUUAAGUUUAAUUUUUAAAUUAUAUUAGAAUUAAAAUGAAUUAAGUCAAUAAGCGGGAAAAUAAUUAACUAACUUUCAGAAAAGAUUGAUUGAAAGAAUAUAAAGAUAUGAAACAUUGAUAGAAGUGGGAUUAUAAAAAGUUCCAGAUACAAUAAGAAUAUAAGACAUUCUUAUAGCUUUUAAAUAAUACCAUAUAACAGAUUGCUAUUUCUAAAGGUCAAAUUGUUUCUUUUAUUUGCCAAAAGAGAAAUCCAUUAAACUAGUAGAGGAUAGCAAUUUAAGAAUCACUAUAAAAGGUGUGAGUCUUUUGAUAGUAAUGUUGCCAUUAAAAAUCUGAUUCAUAUAUAUCAUUUUCAUAUCUACUUAGUGA